GGUUGGAAAGAACCAGCAGUGUCUCGGUCCUCCGUGGCAGGAGUUGGACACCCCCGAUGCACAGUAUGUGGACGCCGAGUCGGAAUGGAACAAGAAAAUGUUGUUGAUCACGAAGAGGAUGAAGACGAGUAUGAUGAUGAAGAUAGUUUGUCAGAAGAAGAUUUGGAGGCCACAGUCCAAACCAUCAACGAGCGCGAGAAAAGAGCACAAACUCUUUCUUCCGGGUUUGAACUUCCGGUCACCGUGGAUGACUUUUUACGCAGUUUUCUCAGCGAAAUGGGGAUGACUGCAACCCUCGACUGUUUUCAAGCGGAGUGGACGGAGGCGGUGCACAGGCGCCUGGUGGACCCCAAGCAGGUGGACGUGAUUCCGGAUAUUUACCCGCACAUCCAGCGUCUGCACAACGAGUUAAAGCACGCACUGCGGGAGAGAGAAGAGUACCGGGGGUCUGCUUCCGCCUCGGCAGAGACGCUGGCGAGGGCGCAGAAGGCCCUGGGCGACCAGCGGAUGAAGCUCAAGCGUGCAGAGCAGGAGAAGAGCAGACUGGUCGAGGAGACCAAGAGGCUGAUGGCUCAGUGCAGCGCCUGCGAACCCGAAGUCAGGAAAAUGGACGGGAAAUACCAGGCCCUUGUGCAGCAGACCGUGAAGGUGGCUUUGGAGAGGAACAAGGUUCUGAUGCAGGCCAAGCCGGCUCAAAGUCAAUCAUCUUCCCCUAUUCGGUGCAGGACUUGCAGGGAGAUGAGGCGAGGGAACCCGAAUGGUCCAUAACCACUUCCCAUCAAUAUAAUAAUGCUUUAUUGUAUUAUGGAACAUAAUCCCAAUAAAUUUGCUGU